GUUUCCAGUAAAAUGUUAUUCCAAAGGACUCUGAAGUUUUUGGUUUAUCACGUUGAUAAUCAGAAGAAACAUCAUCUCCUAGGCCAAGUUAUCUUCCCAUUGAAAAAUGAAACAUUAGCUGAUGACAACAAACUAGUCAUAUGGAGAGAUCUGGAGAAAGAAAACUUGGAGCCUCCUUCAGAGCAUGGGGAUAUCCAGUUCUCCCUCAGCUACAAUGACUACCUGGGCCGUCUCACUGUCGUGGUUCUGAGGGCAAGAGGGUUAAAGCUCCAGGAGGAGAGCCAUGCUGUCAGCGUGUAUGUCAAAGUCUCGCUGAUGAACCAUAAUAAAUUAAUCAAAAGUAAAAAGACAGCAACUGUUCUGGGAUCUCCCAAUCCAGUGUACAAUGAAACCUUCAGUUUCAAGGCAGAACAGACAGAGCUGGAUACAGCAAGCCUGAGUCUGGCUGUGCUCCAGAGUAUCAAGGGAGAAAAAACACGUCUGCUAGGACGUGUAGUCGUUGGGCCUUUCAUGUACACCCGUGGCAAAGAACUAGAACACUGGAAUGAAAUGAUCAGCAAGCCCAAGGAGCUGGUUAAACGGUGGCAUGCUCUCUGCCACAGCACAUAA